AAGCUGUAGAGCCCAGACUCACGUCGCGCGAGCAGCACCAGAGACGGAGCAGCCCAUGCCAAGCGGCUUUGAUUAUUCCAAGUGGAACAACAUCGAGUUGUCAGAUGAUGAGGAGGAUGUGCAUCCGAACAUCGACAAAGCCUCGUGGUUCAGAUACAAGCACCAGACUCGAGUAGAGAGAGAUGAGGACGAGGAGAAAAAGCAGCUUGCUCUCGAGAAGCAGCUUGAGAAGCUACAGAAGGAGUAUGAUAGCUUUGGAGAGGGAGGCAAAGAUCAUUUGAAAGCGAAAAAAAUCAAGGUCGAGCUUGAUAAGGUCCAAGAAGAACUGGAGACCAUGGAGAAGAACAAGAAAUGGAAUGCAGAUAACAUGUGCAAAACAGUGGAGCAAAAGACCGUGCUGUCCGACAGCAAAGACACUCCGGGGCCUGAACCCCGACUGCAGGGAGAAGCUGUGGCCCAAGGCUAUUGCGAGUUUGUGGAGGAGAAUGAGGACUUGUUAGAGAGCUACAUAGCACUUGGAGAGGAGGAGGACCUGGAAAAAGUGGGCAACUUUCUCCGAGCGCACGGCGGGAAGCUCUUGCAGGGUGAGCACGCAGAGUCGUACCUGCUCUUGGAUUGCCUGGAGAAGGAAAUGAACGGCCUUCACCAGGAGAUGACGCAGUCGGUGCGACAAUACCAACUUCUCGUGCAGCUGCGAGAGUUCAGCCGUGCAGCAGGCCGCCCGGCACGCGACUCGGUGAAUCCCAUCUUCCAGCGCCUCAUCGAGCAUGAAGGAACCCAAGAAUCCUUCGAGGAGACUUGCCAAAAUUUUGUGCGGCGGAUAGAAAAGCGCGCGGUGGAGAAGAAGAAGGAGAUGGACGCGGAGGAGGCGGCAAAUCCUUUAGGGCCAGGCGGUUUGGAUCCAAUGGAGGUCUUUGCAACGCUGCCGGAGGAGAUGCAGUGGCCAACUCAGUUGGGAUCUAACGCGCACCUCCAUCCGAGGCUCAGAGGACGAGGACAUGGAGCUAGAGGUUGGGUGCUCCAGGACGGUUCUAUCUUGGGGCUCUUGGGAUGGCAUCAUCGCCUCGGGGCGGCGACGAUGCGAGCCCAAACCCAGAUGUGAUUCCUUUCCACCGGACCUUUGUUUUCGCCCGUCCACCCACCGACUUCGGUCGCCAUGGUGGCGACGGCCGUCCGGAACCGAGGAUCGCCUUCCGAACGAAAGACCUCCAAAGGCUGCAAGCUGCGGUACCUCGUUUGCCAUUGGCAUGUCAAUGAUGUGGUUUAGUAGCAUGUCAACGUGGUGGUGCAUUAAGAUGCAUUAAGAUCAUAUAAGGGACACCCACACAGGGCCCUAGAAUAGUACAAGGAACAAUGGACAAAGCCCAACUCAUUGGGGGGUCUCUCUCUAGUCCAAUGCACACCUAUGUGAGCAAACACAUGCCUUUCAGCAUGUAGCUGGUGAAGCUGUGAAGCUCCUUUUCUUCUGCCCUUUCCUUUCUCUCGCUGCAACCGCAAGAGAGUGGCUGUUUUCAGAACCCACAGGCUGGCUCUUUUGGUGUGGUGGACAGGGGCAAACGUGUCGGGCAAACGUGUCAACAGGGUUGCUCUGAUUGUCACUUCUAAAGUCUUGCAAGAGUCUUCUAGCAUGUGGUUCUUUUUUGUGUAAGCGAGAGAUGACACAUGAACCAUGUCAAUGCAGGAUUUCUUUUUUCCAACGCCACGCAGGCUUUGGUAAGCCGGUAAGCCUUGAGUCGACCACCUUCGGGCGUUUCGCGAGGUGGAAUCCUUGCCAGAGGAGGAAGCCAGGUAUCACCUGCAGCGCUGCGAGGAAAGUGGCUUGUGGGUGCCCAGUACAGAGGCUGGAGCUCCUCCCUACAGAGCUUGAGAUUCAGAGUCUCAGGUGCUCAGGGCUGAUAAUGAACCCUGGCGCUGCCAAAAAGGUGGUUCCAUCUCCAAGUGGCAAGCAGGAAGUCAGGAAUCUUAGAAUUAUAUUUCCACUUAUCCCUCCUUCUGUACCCACCUACAAUGGACCACUCGGUUGUUCUGCGAAGUGCAACAACAGAACCUAUUGAUC